CCUUACCCACACGUGAGCGCCGUGGACACGAGCGCAGGGAAGCGAAUUGUUUUGAUCAGUUCCCGAUCUGAUCUGGAAACGAAGUGAUCGUUUCCACCAGACGUCACCAUGCUGAGUGAACUGGACCUGAUCGGAACCAUCCUGGACGAUGACGAGGUUCUGGAAGAGCCGGAGACCGACUCUGAGGAUGGAGAAGCGGACGCGCCCAUCGUGCUGAACAGGAAGAAGAAGGAGGCUCGGAAGGGUCGCGGCGCAGGAGACUUCAACGCCGGCUUCGAGUUUGGGGCGCGAGACGCACCCGACAACCAGGACUGGGCGCUGGCGGACGUGAUGUCACAGCUCAAGAAGAGGAGCGCUCCGACGACACUUGACGAGAAGAUCGACAAAGUGAGGAAGAGGAGGAAGCUGGAGGAGAAGUCUGGCACAGGGGCCAAGCAGGAAGACGAGGAGGAGGAGGAAGGUGACGUCGAUGAGGAGGAUGAUGAGGAGGAGGAUGACGACGACGAAGAGGACGGUGAUGAUGGAGACGUAAAACCGGCCCAAGUAGAGGAGCCGGGAGAGAGUGAGGAUGACGAGGAUGAGUUUGACUCCGCCGACGAAGAGGUUCUCACCAAAGCCGACACUCUGAGGAUAAAUCGGGAAGAAGAGGAAAAAAGAUGAGCUGCUGCUCCAGACUGUUUCUACGAGGACGCCUCUAACUACGAUGAAAAGCUGAUGUUUCAGGACAUGAACCUGUCCCGACCGCUGCUCAAGGCCAUCAGCACCAUGGGGUUCCGGGAGCCCACCCCGGUGCAGAAGGCCUGUAUUCCUCUGGCUCUGCUGGGUCGUGACCUCUGCGCCUGCGCUGCCACUGGCACAGGUAAGACGGCGGCCUUCAUGCUGCCCGUGCUGGAGCGGCUGCUCUACAAGCCCAAGGAGACGCAGGUGACCCGGGUCCUGGUGCUGGUGCCCACCAGAGAGCUGGGCAUCCAGGUCCACUCGGUGGCCCGGCAGCUGGCCCAGUUCACCCCCAUCUCCACCUGCCUAGCCGUCGGUGGUCUGGAUGUGAAGUCCCAGGAGGCUGCGUUGCGCUGCGGUCCAGACGUAUUGAUCGCCACCCCGGGUCGUCUGAUCGAUCACCUCCACAACACGCCCUCCUUCCAGCUCACCAACAUCGAGAUCCUCAUCCUGGACGAGGCCGACCGGAUGCUGGACGAGUACUUUGAGGAGCAGAUGAAGGAGAUCAUCAGGAUGUGUGCCUACCAGAGACAGACCAUGUUGUUCUCCGCUACUAUGAGUGACGAGGUCAAGGACCUGGCCUCAGUGUCCCUGAAGCAGCCUAUCAGGAUCUUCGUGAACAGCAACACGGACGUCGCUCCGUUCCUCCGUCAGGAGUUCGUCAGGAUCCGACCCAACCGGGAGGGAGACCGCGAGGCCAUCGUAGCAGCCCUGGUGACCAGGACCUUCCAGGACCACGUGAUGCUCUUCACCCAGACCAAGAAGCAGGCCCAUCGCCUGCACAUCCUGCUGGGGCUGCUGGGGGUCAAGGCGGCCGAGCUCCACGGGAACCUCAGCCAGACCCAGAGGCUGGAGAACCUGAGGCGUUUUAAAGACGAGCAGAUCGACAUCCUGGUCGCUACGGACGUGGCCGCGAGAGGCCUGGACAUCGCUGGAGUCAAAACGGUGAUAAACUUCACCAUGCCCAACACGGUGAAGCACUACGUGCACCGCGUGGGGCGCACAGCGCGCGCCGGGCGGGCGGGGCGCUCGGUGUCCCUGGUGGGCGAGACGGAGCGCCGCAUGCUGAAGGACAUCGUGAAGACGGCCCGCAACACCGUCAAGGCCAGGGUCAUCCCCACAGACGUGGUGGUGAGGUUUGCCUCUCACAUCCGGGCUAUCGAGAAGGACGUCUACGCCGUCAUGAGACUGGAGAGAGAGGAGAGGGAGAUGGCUGCGUCUGAGGCCCAGCUGAGCGUGGCCCAGAAGCGCCUCCUCAACAAGCAGGAGGAGGUCGCCCCGGAGAGGACCUGGUUCCAGACGCCUCAGGACAGGAAGAAGGAGCGCAUGUCCAAGGCGCUGCAGGACUUUGACCUGGCUCUCAGAGGGAAGAAGAAGAGGGACAAGUUCCUCAAGGACGGAAAGAAGAAGGAGCUGACAGCGGAGGACCGGGCCCAGAUGGAGCUGCUCAAGUCCCAGAUGUACGCCGAGCGAGCCGCAAAGAGAGAGAGGCGGCCCCAGAGAGCCAGAGCCAUGCCGGAGGAAACAGCGGCCCCCAAAGCCAAGCCGAAGCCAGCCAAGUCUACGAAGAACUCGGUGUUUGACAAAGAGUUGACCAACACGAGCAGCAAGGUUCUCAAACAAUUCAGAGCCGGGCCGUCGUUUGAAGACCGGAAGCGCCUGGGGAUGUCCAACAGGAGAGGAGGAGGAGGAGGAAGAGGAGCCCGAGGAGCAGGAGGGAGAGGAGGAGGAGGAAGAGGUGGAGGAGGAGAACGAGGAGGAGAAGGCGGAAGAGAAGGAGGAGGAGGAAGAGAAGGAGGAGGAAGAGAAGGAGGAGGAAGAGGAGGAGGGCGAGGAAGAGGAGGAAGAGGAGGGAGAGGAGGAGGAGGAGAAGGAGGUGGAGGUGGAAGUGGACCAUGGAGAGGGGGUGGAAGUGGAGCAGGAGGAAGAACAGCGGGAGGAAGAGGUGGAGGAGGAAGAGGUGGUGGAGGAAGAGGUGGAGGAGGACGAGGAGGAAGAGGUGGAGGAGGACGAGGUGGAGGCGGAGGGAGAGGUGGAUUCAAAUCAAGGUACGUCUUUGAUCAGUAUACAACAUGAACCAGUCUAUAUAACAUGCAAAGUAUACAACAGCAUGAACCAUUCUAUAACAACAUGAACAGUCUAUAACAAAAUGAUCAGUCUAUAAUCCCAUCAACAGAUCUAUGCUAACAGCAUCAGUCUAAUAACAUGAACAGUGCAUUAUAAUAUGUAAUAACCGUAUGCAAUUCUCUGUGUUUCUGGCCCAGUAGGAGCUGAGCAGUGUUCGGUCGUCUCCUGUAGCUUGUGGAUGUUCUGCGUUCUUCAUGUACCUCAGUUAGAUGUGUUUAAUAAAGAUGUCUUUAAUAAAGUGUUUGGUAAAGAUUUGGUGAAUGUACUGACUCGCCGCAUCAACAAAUCAUCACCUUCCAGAGACAGGUCACAUCACAACCCGACAACAUUCCUUAAAGCUCUGUGAACCCAAAGUAGGUUUAGUUUUUUACGUUGUAAUGUCUUAUGAUCUUCAACAAAUCAACAAAACCUCUCAGAGAGAGUGCUAAGCUUCCAUGACACUUAUAGUUCAACACCACGGCGUGGUGAAUUUCAUUAACAACAGCAAUUGUUAAAGCACGUAUACACAUGAUGGUAUUAGCUUAAAUAUAAUUCCAAGGUUAUAUCCAUAGGUACAACCAGGGGUUAGAACAUACAGAGACUGGUCAUUAAGGAGCAGGUAGGGGUAAGACAAUACAGAGACUGGUCAUUAAGGAGCAGGUAGGGGUAAGACAAUACAGAGACUGGUCAUUAAGGAGCAGGUAGGGGUAAGACAGGUCAUUAUGGAGCAGGUAGGGGUGGAGGCCGAUACAUACCUCCGGAUACGGACAGUUUCGUCCGGACUCUGGACGGAGAGAUGUUGGUUAACAUUUUUUGUUGCCAAAUAACCUUAAAUCCUUAAUUCAGCUCAUCAUACGGACUCUGGAUUCGUAAGCUCAGAGGCGACGGACCCAUUUACGGACGAAACACCUCCGGGACCGGACGAAACUGUCAGGUUAGACAGGUCAUUGACGCCGGAUGCUGCGUCGCGCAACAUGGCCCCUCCUGCCGGGAGCUGCGUAGCGCAGCAUUAGCUCUUCUGCCGGCUGCUGCGUGGCGCAGCAUU